AGUGUAGUAACCAUUUCCGGGUCCUCUUUUUGAUCAGAACAAAUCUUUGAAAGAAAGAAAAAGAAUUCCUCGAAUUAUUGUAAGAUAUUCUACUUUUUGUUGGUUUGGCUUCUACACGAUACCUGUUUCUGGCUUUAGUUUUGCUUUGGCUUCUUAUCUGCUUAUCUUAUCGAGGAGAAAGAAAGGAUUUCUUUUUGGUUUCUGGGUUUCGUGCGUUUCACUUUCCCUGGCCAAGUAGCGGAGGAAUGUUCUUGCUUUGAUUGAGUUCUGAAGCGAUCCGAACACUUCCUAAUUCAACUUCUGAUCUGCAAAAACCAAGAAAGAAACUUUCUUUUGCUUUUUAGAGAGCCCAAAGAUUGUUCCUUCUUUCCUUCGAAGACAUCGAAAAAUAGGAGCAAGGGAGAUUUUGUAUAGAUGGCAACUUUAGGAGAUAUAGGGGUUGCAGCAGGCAUUAAUCUGCUAAGUGCGGUUGUAUUCUUUCUAGCGUUUGCCAUCUUGAGGCUUCAACCUUUCAACGACAGGGUUUAUUUCCCGAAAUGGUAUCUCAAGGGUUUAAGAAGCAGUCCUUCGAGGUCUGGAGCAUUUGUGAGGAAAUUUGUCAACUUGGAUUUCCGUUCCUACUUGAGGUUCUUGCAUUGGAUGCCUGAGGCACUCAAAAUGCCAGAACCCGAGCUUAUUGAACACGCUGGAUUGGAUUCGGCUGUUUAUUUGCGCAUUUACUUGAUAGGGCUAAAGAUUUUUGUCCCUAUCGCGUUCCUUGCAUGGGCAGUCUUAGUGCCAGUUAAUUACACGAAUAAAACAUUGGAAUUGCAGCUGAAGAAUGUAACUUCAAGUGACAUUGAUAAGCUCUCGAUUUCAAACAUUCGACUUGGAUCAGAUAGGCUUUGGACUCAUAUUGUAGUGGCUUAUGCCUUUACCUUCUGGACAUUCUAUGUGUUGCUAAAGGAGUAUGAGACAGUUGCUGCUAUGCGGUUGCAAUUUCUUGCAUCAGAAAAACGCCGGCCAGACCAAUUUACUGUACUUGUUAGGAAUGUACCACCAGAUCCAGAUGAAUCUGUCAGUGAGUCUGUGGAGCAUUUUUUCCUGGUCAAUCACCCAGAUACCUAUCUUACACAACAGGCGGUAUGCAAUGCAAACAAACUUGCUAAAUUGGUGAAGAAGAGGAAAAGUAAGCAGAAUUGGCUUGACUAUUACCAACUGAAGUAUUCCAGAAAUAGUGCAAAAAGGCCUUUUAUGAAGACUGGUUUUCUUGGGCUCCGGGGUGAAAAAGUUGAUGCAAUUGAUCAUCACAUAUCUGAAAUUGAGAAGUUAUCCAAGGAAAUAGCUGAAGAGAGAGAGAGGGUUAAGAAAGAUCCUAAAUGCAUAAUGCCAGCAGCAUUUGUUUCCUUUAAAUCUCGGUGGGGUGCAGCUGUUUGUGCUCAAACCCAACAAUCCAGGAAUCCAACUUUGUGGUUAACAGAGUGGGCAUCUGAGCCACGUGAUGUAUAUUGGCAAAACCUGGCAAUUCCAUACGUCUCACUAGCAGUUAGGAGGCUGAUCAUGGCUGUAGCAUUCUUUUUCCUGACUUUCUUUUUCAUGAUCCCAAUUGCAUCUGUACAAGCUCUGGCCAGCAUUGAGGGCCUUGAGAAAGCAGCACCAUUCCUAAAGCCCCUAAUUGAAAUAAAAUUUAUAAAAUCGGUAAUCCAAGGUUUUCUGCCUGGUAUCGUAUUGAAGCUCUUUCUCAUUUUUCUGCCAACUAUAUUGAUGAUUAUGUCCAAGUUUGAAGGAUUUACAUCAAUAUCAUCUUUAGAGAGGAGAUCAGCAACUAGAUACUAUCUUUUCAAUUUAGUGAAUGUAUUCCUCGGCAGCGUAAUUGCUGGCAGUGCACUGGAACAGCUAAACACAUUUAUUAAGCAAUCAGCAAAUGAAAUUCCUAAGACAAUUGGUGUAGCUGUACCAAUGAGAGCAACUUUUUUCAUUACUUACAUCAUGGUCGAUGGAUGGGCUGGAAUAGCAGCAGAGAUUUUGAUGCUGAAACCACUUAUAAUUUAUCACUUGAAGAAUUUUUUGUUGGUGAAAACGGAAAAGGAUAGGGAGGAGGCAAUGGAUCCGGGAAGUUUGGGCUUCAACACCGGGGAACCUCGUAUACAACUGUAUUUUCUACUUGGCAUGGUUUAUGCUACUAUCACACCUGUUCUGCUUCCUUUCAUUAUAGUUUUCUUUGGGCUAGCUUAUGUUGUCUUCCGUCAUCAGAUCAUUAAUGUCUACAAUCAAGAGUAUGAGAGUGCUGCAGCAUUCUGGCCUGAUGUCCAUGGACGCAUUAUAAUUGCAUUGCUUAUCUCGCAAAUCGCUCUCAUAGGAUUGUUAAGUACAAUGCAAGCUGCUCAGUCAACACCAUUUCUCAUUGCUCUUGCUGUCCUCACCAUUUGGUUCUACAGAUUCUGCAAAGCCCGAUAUGAACCUGCUUUUGUUAGAUAUCCUCUACAGGAAGCAAUGAUGAAAGACACUUUGGAACGUGCAAGGGAACCAAACCUCAAUUUGAAACCUUAUCUUCACAAUGCAUAUGUCCAUCCAGUUUUCAAAGAGGAAGAUGAUGAUGACGGCGACGACUUUAUGUUUAAGUCAGAAAAUGAGAGUGUGUUGGUCCCCACAAAACGCCAAUCUCGAAGGAACACACCAGUGCCUAGCAGAAUUAGUGGUGCAUCCUCACCAUCGUUGCCGGAGGCUGUUCCUGAACAUUCAGAGCCCUAA